UUAUAUAUCUUUCGAGGCGAAGGAAAUGGCGAAUACCUGCACCGAAUUCCGAAAGGAGAUACACAAGUCCUUCGUCUUGCCGGCGAUGCAAACAACACCGUCAUACUCCUUGACGACGAUACAGAACCAGACGAGCUCGACCACGGCGAUGCGACCCCGAUCUCUUUAUACCGCACACAAUUAUCAUCCUCAAACCGAGGAUAGCAAUUUUCAACGAUACAACGAGCUAGCCAAGUACUUCGAGCCCCCGGCUGAACAGUGGAGCGGUCUGGGUGGUGUAACCGCAUACUCCGGAUCGGCGGCGAUCUGGCGGCAAGCUAGGAAGUCGAUCGGCGGGCCUUAUUACGCGGCCGAGGAAGCCUCCAUCUACACGGAGAAUUGGCGGGAACAUGACGCCGACAUCGGUGUCGGUGUCGGCGGCGCCAUCGCCACCCCCCAUGGUACCAUAUCGUUGAGACUCUACAACAGAAUACGCGUAGACAUAACUAUUGACCGUGCCGUCAGAGUGAUCAACUUCAAGAACAAUAUUGUUAUGUCCCUGAGUGGUUCUGGAGCAGCCGCCGCUCUGCUACAUCCCAACGGCAGAAUAUAUCAGUAUGGCUCGCGGGUGGAAAUCGUCGCUCAUGACACGCACGGCAAUAACAAGUACGCAAAAAUGUGGUACAAGGGAGUCAGUUUCACAUCGGAACAAUGCGCGCUUGUUUAUCUGGUAGAUACGGCUGGGACUAGAACCACAACGGAUUCCUUUUCGGAUAUGAGUCAGGACUUUUCAUUGAGCGUUUUCUAUUCGGGCUCUCGUCAUGGACCGGCAUGCCUGCAGGAAGCUGCGACACAUCUCAGCACAGCUCAGUACUGGCAAACGGAUGAAAAUGUUGAAAAUUGGAUUAUCAAUAAUGUCAGAAUAUCUCAGACUCCCGAUGGUCUUGUCAGAAUUGCGCGAAAUAGCAACAAGUAUCAAUUACGUACAUCACCCAGCAAUGGAACAGCAUCCUUGACGACACCUUUCUUGCACUGUACGGCAUCCUUAGGACAAACGUCCCACCUAUUUGUUCGUCGUGGUGAACGUCGUAUGCACUAUGAUGGCACUAGCUUCAUCGUGAGAAAUGCGGGUCAUAGCGCCGGUUUUGACGACAACAACCAAUUAAAGGUUUACUAAGAGAAAAGUCUCGCGGAUAACUCGACCUCUCGAGCUAAUUUAUCUGCAAAGGAGCAUCGAAGCGAUGAACGCACGAAUGCGUUCUGGUGCAGCGUGAUCAGUUAAUUUCAAACGACAAAAGUUAUGUACUACUUUUGUUGAGAAUUUGAACGAAACUAAACUAGAUUACAAUUAUAUUGAAUAUUUUAAUUGUGCUUAUGCUCUUCUACAUUUAGAGGAUUACUCGAAUCUCAUUUUAUUAGAGUUUAGUAAUUUAAUUGAAUUAUACCUUAACCAUCCGAUAUGAUGCGGCAAAACGUUCAAUAAAAGAUUCAACC